CACACAUUUACAACAAGUAAAAAAAAAAACUUCUUUCUUAUUCUACAUUAAGCUUAAUUAUGUCUUUUAAAUUACUCUUUAUCCAUUUCUUAGUCACAUACAUGGUCCUUAGUGAAAUUUUAUUCAUGUCAUUUUCAUAUGCAACUAAUACUAAUUGUCCAUCAGGGUACCCAAAGAAGGGAGUGGGAGUGGAGAAAGAAGAUGUAGACAAAAUGCAAUUUGCAGUGAACUUAGAGUUUUUAGAAGCAGAGUACUUUUUAUGGGCUUCUUAUGGAUUUGGGCUUGACGAAGUUGCACCAAAUUUGCCUAUGUCUGGGCCACCUCCUAUUGGUGCUAGAAAAGCAAAUCUUGAUCAACUUACCAACAAUAUUAUUAUGGAAUUUGCUAAUCAAGAAGUUGGUCAUCUAAGGUCACUUAACUCAACAGUUGGUGUUUUUCCAAGACCUUUGUUAGAUCUUAGUGCUAAACAUUUUGCAAAGAUAUUUGACGAUGCUUUUGGGCACAAAUUGGUACCUCCAUUUGAUCCAUACAGAGACAGUUUGAGCUACAUGUUAUCUUGUUAUGUGAUUCCAUAUGUUGGAUUGGUUGGUUAUGUUGGUACAAAUCCCAAUAUCAAUGGCUACGAAACCAAAAGGCUUUUGGCAGGGUUAUUAGGUGUUGAAUCAGGACAAGACGCAGUUAUAAGGAUGUACCUCUACGAGAGAGCAGCGGAAUUAGUUUCCCCCUACCAAUACACGGUGGCUGAUUUCACAUCUCGUAUAUCAGGACUAAGAAAUAAAUUAGGUAAAUGCGGGAUUAAAGAUGAAGGUGUAUACGUUCAGUCACCGCUUGGAGCAGAGAAUCGGACUAGAAGUAACGUAUUAUCAGCUAAUUUUGGUUCACUUUCCUACAAAAGAACUCCAGCUGAGAUUCUAAGGAUCGUAUAUGGUUCCGGAGAUGAACAUGUGCCUGGUGGAUUUUACCCUAAGGGUGCUAAUGGGAAAAUUGCUAAGGAAUUUCUGAAAUAGCCAUGAGAAUAAUUAAAUUAUCAUUGUCUACAUAUGGAAUAAAUUUGCAUCAAAUAAAAUAAACAUGUAGUAUGGUGUUUAUUUUGAAAAAAUAAACAUCAAAUAUUAUAUAUCAUAUUGGAAAGAAAAUAAAAAUGCUGUGCAUGCAACUAUAUCUAUGCCGAAGGAAAUAAAUAAUUAAAGGUGUAACUAUAUAAAACAAUGUUAUGCAGUAUGCUUUAUUUCUUGCA